AUGUCUUGGUUAACACGGUUUCAUUGGUUAACUUAUUCUCAGAAAUUAGAAGGAGCAUUAUGUAAAAUAUGUGUAUUAUUUUCUAAUGAAUGCAUUGGAAAAGGUUCUAAUCAAAAAGUAGGUGCUUUAGUAUGUAAACCUUUUACUAAAUGGAAAGAUGCUAUAGAAUGUUUUAAAUUGCAUUCUAAUGCAGAAUACCAUAAAUUGUCUAUUUUACGUAAGGAUGAAUUUUUAAAAGUAAUGGAUUGUAAAAAACCCGAUAUUUCUAUAGCUAUCUAUUCAGCUCAUAAAAACUUAGUUCUAGAAAAUCGUGCUAAACUGGUUCCAAUUAUCGAAACAAUUAUUUUCUGUGGUCGUCAAGAAUUGGCAUUAAGGGGAGAUAAUGAAAGUGGACAUAUUUUUAACUCCAGUGCUGAUAACAAUGAUGGAAAUUUUAGAUCUUUGUUAAGAUUUAGGGUGCAAUCUGGAGAUCUCAAUCUAAAAGCUCAUUUAGAAAAUGCGGCAUCAAAUGCUAUUUACAUAAGCCCUAUUAUACAAAACCAGUUAAUAAAUAUUUGUGCAGACGAAACUUGCGAUAUAUCACGAAUAGAAAAAAUGUCGCUGUGUGUAAGGUACAUUGAAGAUUGUCGCAUUAGGGAAGAUUUUUUUACUUUUGUUCCUAUUUACGACGCAUCAGAAAAAGGAUUAGCUCACACAAUAAUACGUGAAAUAGAUAAAUUAGGUUUAAAAAAAGAACUUUUAGUGGGUCAAGGUUACGAUGGAGCUUUGUCAAUGAGUGGUAUAUAUAAUGGAGUUCAAAAAAAUAUAAGUGAUAUAUUACCUCAAGCUUUGUACGUUCAUUGCGCCGCCCAUUUGUUUAACCUCACCAUAAGUAAAUCGUGCACUAUUCCAGAGAUUAGAAAUUGUAUUGGAUCUAUUACUUCUAUUAUUUCAUUCUUUCAAAAAUCUCCAAUAAGGUCAGAAGUUUUUAAAAAAUUUAUUAAACACUUAAUUCCAGGCACACGUCACGAAACGCUUUUAAAAAUGUGUGAAACCCGCUGGGUUGAACGCCAUGACAGCUUGUUACGGUUUAAGGAACUAUAUUUACCAAUUACAAACACAUUAAGGGAACUCGAACAUCAUUAUAAUUUAGAAACAUCACAACUUGCAUUUCAACUUUCAAAAACUAUUACCUCAAGUUCAUUUGUAAUUUCAUUGUACGUUACAGAAAAAUUAUUUGCUAUAACAUUGCCUCUAUGUAAAUCUCUACAAAUAAUAAAUGUAGAUUUAUCUGAGUGUUGUGAAUAUGUCAAAAACUGUGUUCAAGUCAUUCGUUCUAUUCGUGAAAAUAGUGAGGUAGAAUUUCACAAAUUAUAG